AAAACUUCUCAUCGUUUUCAUGCCAACCACACAGUCAAAAUCUGACGUUUGAGUUGUUUUUGGACUUGUUGGGCUCAUCAGACGAGACUAAAGAGCAGCGUGAUUUGCAAAAGAGGGCCCACAUCCACUCACACAAGCCUCUUUUGUUGAACCUUUGCUGCAGUAUGUCCAGCGGCAGACCAGUGCAGAUUGUCAAUGUGUGCAAGGAGGACCACUCCUUCAGUUUGGAUAUAGAAGCUUUGUCACAGGUUUUGUUGGCCCCUGAGAUCCGAGACAAACAUGUGGUGGUGGUGUCUGUGGCGGGAGCGUUCCGAAAGGGAAAAAGCUUCUUACUUGACUUCAUGCUUCGUUACAUGCACAGAAAGGGUGACAAAAACUGGCUGGGGAAAGAUGAUGAGCCUCUAACCGGAUUUUCAUGGAGGGGAGGCUCUGAACCAGAGACAACUGGCAUCCAGCUCUGGAGCGAGGUUUUUCUUGUCCAAAAAAAAGAUGGCACAGAGUUGGCAGUAGUGCUAAUGGACACUCAGGGUGCCUUUGAUGCUCAGUCUACUGUAAAGGACUGUGCCACCAUCUUUGCACUCAGCACUAUGACCAGCUCUGUACAGAUCUACAAUCUGUCACAAAACAUACAAGAGGAUGACCUACAACAGUUACAGCUUUUUACAGAGUAUGGUCGUCUUGCUAUGGAUGAGAUCUUUUUGAAGCCCUUUCAGUCUUUGAUGUUUCUGAUUAGGGAUUGGAGUUUUCCGUAUGAGUACACAUAUGGCUUUAAAGGAGGCAGUGACUUUCUGGAUAAAAGGUUACAGGUUAAAGAAACCCAACACGAAGAGCUUCAGUCUGUGAGAGAGCACAUAUACUCCUGCUUUACCAACAUCUCUUGCUUUCUGUUGCCUCAUCCUGGACUGAAAGUUGCCACACAUCCAUCAUUCCAAGGACAACUCAGUGAAGUGGCACCAGAGUUCCGAAAUCAGCUGAUGGAUCUUAUUCCUACUCUUCUUCACCCAGACAAUCUGGCUGAAAAGGAAAUAAAUGGGAAUAAAGUAACCUGCAUGGGUUUGGUUGAGUUUUUUAAGGCGUACAUCAAGAUUUACCAAGGAGAGGACUUGCCACAACCAAAAACUAUGCUGAUGGCUACUGCAGAAGCAAACAAUCUGGCAGCAGUUGCAGCAUCUAAAGAACUGUAUUACAAGAACAUGGAGAAGGUAUGUGGCGGUGACCUACCCUAUGUGUCUCCGGAUUCUCUGGAAGAGAAGCAUCACUUUUUUUUCAAAGAAGCACUACAUGCUUUCUCUUCAACCAAAAAGAUGGGUGGUCAAGAGUUUUGUGACCGUUACCAAGGCCAGCUGGAGAUGGAGCUAGAUGAAAUGUGGCAAUCAUACCAAAAGCACAAUGAGUCCAAAAAUCUGUUCAGUGCGUUCCGUACCCCUGCUGUGCUGUUUGUGUUGGUCUGCAUCCUCUACAUUCUGUCUGGUAUUUUCCUGUUCAUUGGGUUGGCCACCUUUGCCUUGAUUUGUGACUGCGCUCUUGGUGUGGUCAUGAUGGCCAUGCUGACGUGGGCCUUCAUCCGAUACUCGGGCCGCUACCGCCCUGUUGGAGGAGCCAUCGACCAAGCGGCUGGCAUUGUGCUGGAACAGACGACUGAGAUGUUGAACAAGUCAAGAGGAACAAGCAUCACGGAAAAGAGAAAAUCGAAUUAGAUUAUCGUAUCAUCUGUUUUACAAUCUCUUCAUUACAAACAGCACAUUAAGCCUGAAAAAGUUUAUAGAGCAUAGCACCAACUGGACCAAAACUUGUACACAGUUUAAAAGCAGCAUUCCAGUAUAAUGUCAUAAAUACAAUUCAUCUUAAUGCACAGACACAUGCUUAUGUUUAAAGGUAAGAUUAACAUAUAUAGUUCUGCCAGAUGUUCUUUGCAGCAUAAGAAAGGUUUCCAAGUGUUUUUCAGCUUUAGAACAUUCCAGUUUCCCUUUUUGUUGUAAAAGAUGUAACUUAUAGAAAGACAUUAUGCACUUUUACUCCAUUGAUGUGUAUUUCUUUUGUAUAUUGAGCGCUUUGAUUCAAAUUUGUGCUGUCUUUUUCCAUUUUAUUUUAAUGAGAACACUACAAUUACCAGAAGGCCUUUAAAACAGUAAUGUUUUUGCUGACCAAAGCUUAUGCAACUGCACUGUGAGGAAUAAGGCAUUUGUUUACUCAACAAUUUAUAAGUGAGAAGAUGUAUUUUUUACUGUAGUCUAGUAUUAAGUCUGAUUAGAAACAAGAUGUGUCCUGGAAUUCUAUGUGGUGCUUUUAAGAACUUUAUUACAUUUAUGUCCUGUUACAUAGAGCUUAGGCCUUUACAGAAAAUAAUUUUGAAUGAUCAUUCCCAUGCCUCUCAGUGCUUAAUAUCGCACUUUAUUACAAAUGUUUCCAGAUAUAAGGGCUCGUUGACAAUAAAA